UGCAGCCUGUGGGUCUGUGUUGGUGAUGGUCGGCGGGUCUGCGGCGGCCUCCUCCGCACCAUGCAGCCGUUUAAACCACAGGCUACGGUCUAAACAUGACCGACCUCGUUUGAACGAGUCGACAAACUGCAAACAGGCAGAAAAUCCACCAAAGCUCCGUUAUCCGCCGCCGUUUCCGCUGUGUACUCCUGUUACAGCGUUCUGACAUCAUCAUCGUCAGCACUGUCAAACUGACAGGUAUGUCUUCGUCCGCCUCACAAGACACCGUCGUUAAAAAGAAGCACGUUCGUUUCGCCAGUAUGGAGGACGACGAGGACACCCUGUUUGACAAGAGGAAGGACACCGGCAGAGGGCUGAAGAGCGCGUUGAAGGCAGGCUUGAGGACCAGCACCCUGAGGUGCGACGGCCGGGUGGAGGUGGUCGGCGGGAGGAGGAGGAGGGGCGCGUGCGGCCGCUGGACAGUCACCCUCGCGCUCUGUGCAGCUUUCCUGGGCCUGGGGAUGAGUAUCUCUGUUAUCGGCCCCACGUUCGAGGACCUUGCUGUGAAUGUGAACAAGAACAUCAGCAACCUUUCUUACAUCUUCGUGGGCCGCUCUGCGGGCUACAUUGGGGGUUCCCUGUUCGGAGGCCUUCUCUUUGACUGCAUGAGCCCCCACCUGCUGCUGGGCUGCUCUCUGCUGGUCACCUCAGUGGGAAUGUGUGCCAUCCCGUUCUGUAGGCAGGCCCUGCUGCUCACCGGCCUCAUGUCCAGCAUCGGGGUGACCACAGGGAUUCUGGAUACAGUUGGUAAUGUCCUCAUACUGAACACGUGGGGGGAGCAGGCGGGCCCCCACCUGCAGGCUCUGCACUUCAGCUUUGCAGCCGGGGCCUUCGUGUCUCCCAUCAUCGCCAAGCUGCUGUUUGGGUCUGACAGCAACAGCAGUGCAGGAGUCCUAGCAGCAGACUCACUUCCUGUCCCCGCCGAGCAGGUCACCAGAGCGCCUGACGCCCACACACUGAUCCGCUACGUCCACAGCAGCAGUAGCACCCUCAAAUCCAUGUGGGCCUACAUCGUCAUUGGCUCCUUCAUCUUCCUCAUCUCCUUCCUCUUCUUCAUCCUCUACUGUCGCAGCAGCUCGUCACGUGAAAAAGCACGCAAGACAUCGGGGGAGCCCCUGGUGGCCAAACAUCACACGGCUCUCAUAGCCCUGCUCUUCUUCUUCUUCUUCGCCUAUGUAGGUGCUGAGGUAGCGUACGGCUCCUUCAUCUUCACCUUCGCCAAGGACUACGCCCACAUGCAUCAGUCCCAGGCGGCUGGGCUCAAUUCUCUGUUCUGGGCUGCGUUCGCUGCCUGCAGGGGGCUGGCUAUCUUCUUUGCGGCCUGCAUGUACCCGGGCACCAUGAUCCUGCUCAGCCUGGUGGGCUCCACCCUGUCCUCCCUGCUGCUCUGCCUCUUCAGCAGGGAGCAGGUGGCGGUGUGGGCCUGCACCGGUCUGUACGGCGCCUCCAUGGCCACCAUCUUUCCCAGCGGCAUCUCCUGGUUGGAGCAGUACACCACAGUGACAGGCAACACGGCCGCAGUCUUCGUGGUGGGGGCCGCGUUGGGGGAGAUGGUGCUUCCUGCUAUUGUAGGCUUCCUGCUGGGACAGUUCCCGGAGCAGCCCCUGCUCAUGUACCUGUCGCUCAUCACCGCCACAUUCACCUCCAUCCUCUUCCCCGUCAUGUACAAGCUGGCCUCAGCCCCCAGCAGCCAGAGCAGGAAACCCCGCGUCAGGGGCCGGCCUGAUGCAGAUGACAGCGAAUAUCGUCAGGCGCUGCUGGACUCAGGAGCCAAUGAGGAGGAGGAGGAGGAGGAGGAGGAAGAGGAGAACGAGGCUGAUCAGUGGAAUGAUGCAGACUUUGAGGUGAUUGAAAUGGAUGACACAGCGAGUCUCAUCAGUUCCCCCAGCAAGGCUCCCUCUCCCCCCGACAUCACGGCUCUAACAGAGAGCGGCCCCCUGACGGAGGUGGCAGGUGGAGCCUCUUUCUCCAGCUCAAUCUCCCUGGGUGGAGAGUCCCCCAGACGCAAACUACUGCUCUCCAUGGACAGAGAGAAGAGAGACUGAGGGACUCUAGCCCUUACUAAACAAAAAGGAUUAGCAUUCAAUGCAACACUCACUGCAGACCGGAACCUGUGUAGCUUAGAAAGCAUCCUCAGCACCUCUGAAGCUCGCGGGCCAUCAGGAGUGUUUUUCUCCUCAAGGUUUGAAAAUAAACACAACAUGGAUUCUCUUCAGGGAGUCUGUGUCGGCCUGCUCCCUCCAGAGAGGUCAGAGGACCCAGGACUCGUAUUGCAAUUCAGUGCCUUGCUCAAGGACACACAACUACAAUAAUGAAAAGUAUGUUUCAAAUGUUUUGCACUACUGCAGUGUUGUCAUUAACAGCAGGACAUGAUGUGAUGAUAGUUGUAAGAUUUGAAUGAAGUGGAUUUUGUCUUUGUAAAGAAUGUGUUGUUGUCAUGUUCUGUAAUGUGCUGUGCUGUAUGGAUCUCUACAUCCUGUGUCGUCACUGCCAAUAUUUUUUUAUAACUGAAUCAUUGACAGAAGACAUUUGAUUACAUUGACUUUUUAUUAUAUCAAUCUCAAACCUCCACCUACAGCAAUGUCCAUUAAAAACAAACAAAAAACA